ACCUCAAAAUUGCCGACUUUUUCCCUCCCCAAUCGCCCGUCGAAGCUUGGAUUUUGCGCGACUUGCAGCAAUGGCAGCGGUGCCGGGGCAGCUGGUGUGGGAGAUCGUGAAGAAGAAUAACUCUUUCUUGGUCAAGGAGUUCGGCAAUGGUACUGCCGGUGUUGUCUUCAGCAAAGAGCCCAACAAUCUCUGCAAUCUUCAUUCUUACAAGCACUCUGGGUUAGCCAACAAGAAAACUGUGACAAUUCAAGGGGGUAAGGAUCAGUCUGUGCUGCUGGCUACAACCAAGACCAAGAAGCAGAAUAAGCCAGCUAAUUUGCAUAACAAGUCUGUCAUGAAGAAAGAGUUCAGACGCAUGGCCAAGGCAGUUACCAAUCAGGUUGCAGAUAACUAUUACAGGCCAGACUUGAAGAAGGCAGCCCUUGCUAGGUUGAGUGUUGUGAACAGGAGCCUUAAGAUUGCAAAAUCUGGUUGCAAGAAGAGAAACAGACAAGCUGUAUGAGCACUGAUACUUUGAUAUCAUAAUCUUAAGAUCAUCUGCAAGUUCUGGAUUUUGAAAUUUUCUUUUUGUUUUUCACAAGUUUUUGGCAGUGGAGUCAUUGAUACAAAUUUCCAUAAAGAAUUAAGAUUAUAGCUGGGAAAAUUACCUUGUCCUUUUCUUUUCAAUUGCUGUGGUUCUGCACACUUAAAGUAGCUUAAUUUCAAUUUAUGCCUUUAAAGUUUAACUUGUGUU